UGAUAAUCCUUCAACCAAGUAAGUAUAUGAUAUCACAGAUUACUUGACUUUUGCCUUCGUUUAUUUCAUCGACGAUCACUGCCGAGUUCUGGUGCAUUGUCUGAAAAGAUGAAGUGCUUUCUUUUAAUUUUUCUCGUUGUUUCAGCGUUUGGCGGAUUGUCCGGACGGUCGAUGCAUCGUGCCCAAAAACGGCAGGUGGACGAAUGUGCAGCUUUGAAUCCGACACCGGAGGAAUGUUCUGCCUAUUGGGCGGGUGAAAAGCCCCCGUUGUUGGUUGUAUCCCUAGACGGUUUCCGUCCGGAUUAUUUGCAGAGAACUGUCAAUGUUGGUGGUGUGGAAGAACCGGCGGCGCUCCUGCUUAACCGUUUGUCCCGUUGCGGAGUUUUUGCUCCGACUGGAAUGACACCCGUUUUCCCAUCUCUUACUUUCCCCAAUCACUAUUCCAUCGUGACGGGUUUGUAUCCGGAAUCGCAUGGAAUUGUCGCCAACUCGUUUUAUGAUCCUGAUUUGAACGCUUCCUUCAGCUUGUCGUCUUCACAGCAGACUAAUCCUGUGUGGUGGAUUGGUGAUCCACUUUGGUACGACGUCAAACGCCAGGGAAAAAUCAGCGCAACUUGCUUUUGGCCAGGUUCUGACCAAACAGAUCCAGUUCGAGAGCCAAAUUAUUGGCUUCAGUAUGAUGAUACUGUAACGUAUUCGGAGAGAAUGCGUCAAGUCUUUGAUUGGCUUAUUUUACCAGUUUCGCAGCGACCCAAUUUCCUUACCGUUUACCUGGAUGAGCCAGAUCAUACCGGACACGGUGAGAGCCCCGAUUCACCCUUGGUCGCUGAUCAAGUUCGAAUUGUAGAUCAAGAGCUUCAGGUCUUAUUUGACAAUAUGGAACAGGCUGGGAUUCUCGGCUGUGUCGACUUAAUCGUCCUUGCCGAUCACGGCAUGGCACCUUCACCUCCCGGGGAGAAAUUUCUUAUUAUGAACGAAUACGUACCAAAUAUUCUAAAUGAUGCCCGAAUUUACGAUGGCGUAUUUCCCACCAUCCGGCCCAAACUCGAUACAGAAGAGGAGCAUGACAGAAUAGCCGGAGGAUUGCAGUGCCAAGAUGAAAACAUGCGCGUCUACAACAAAUGGGAUUUUCCUCGCCGCCACCACUAUGCCAACACCAACCGUAUACCCAAUAUUCUAGUUGACAUGACAGUCAGUUGGCGUGCCUAUGCCAAGUCGGAGUGGAUCUUACCCGGGAAUCACGGCUGGGACAACCUCAAUUCCGAAAUGCAGGCCAUGUUUGUGGCGCACGGGCCAUCAUUCAAGAAGAACACUGAAGUUCGGCCUUUCCAUAACAUAGAUUUGUACAAUCUAAUGUGUGCAAUGAUUGGAGUCGAUCCAUCACCUAACAAUGGCACCUGGGGAGCCCUGCAUCAUAUGCUAGUGUCACCUCCGAUAGAUCCUUCGCCGGAACCUUUGAAUCCGAUUUCCAAACUACCAUUCCCAGCGGAUGAGGAAACCUACAAUGCACACCUAAUGCGACAAAAAUGCAACCUCCUUAUUGGAUCAAAUACCCAAAGCAUUGAUUCGACCUUGAAUCUAACAGAAGAAAUUGCUAAUGCAACCCUCCAGGUGCACGCUCCUUGGGGGACUCCUCAAACCAAGGACACAACCCAAAUCAAGGCAGUUAUCAGCAGUGAUUAUGUCGCCGCGUUUGAUGUGGUAUCUGGUUUACCAUCUUGGACAUCGUACACAAUAUAUCAACCUAGGUUAGCCACUGUUCAGCCCCAGUGGCGUCUGGAUGUCCGCCUUGAAGCAACCCAUGCUUCCAUCUGUGACAGAUUUCCCGAUGGAAUCGAUAGCACUUGGUCUGCGGUUCCUCUUUUCCCAUUCGGCACACCGUCAAACUCUGCCGACGUAGCAGUGGAUACAAACGCCAUAGAAAUUUCCAAGCCAUUCGAAACUUACUGGAACGAGUUCCAUGCCAUGUUGAACCGUUCUGUUGAAAGUAAUGGAGAAACCAAUGUCAUAGUGGGACCUGUCCGGGAUUCGCCAAGUUCCGGCCUGUUUUUUAUAGUUUCCACUUGCCGAUCCGUCGGCGUGGCUCUGGCAGAAUGCUCCGUUGAUCAAUUAGAUAUGCAGUCAUUCAUCAUGCCAACCAAUGUAAGGUACAGCCGCGAUUGCAUCAAGUUUACUGCAUUUUUCAACGCACACCUAGCAUCGCUACCUGAUGUUGAACAUCUGACUGGCAUACGUUUCUUUCCUUCACUGUCUUACGGUGAUAAAGCGGACAUCUUAUCUCGCACUCCUUUGGCCUCGACAUUACUUGUCAAUCCUGAUCCCAGUACCCUGUAAACACCAAAUACGCUUGCGUCCCCUGUAACCUAUAGAAAAAUCAGAUAACACCAAUUUGCCACACUGUUGAAUAAAAUUGUAUGCACUGCA